GAAUAGGUCAGGCCAUGCUAGAAACCACUUCAGACUUCCAGAUCUAAAAUCCAUAGCUAUGUGGGCAGAAAGGCCAUGUCUGAGGGAUGAAUGUAUCUCUUCAGAUGCAGUGCCUCAAAGGGCAGGGAGGAAUGCAGAGAUUUUCAGGCACACAAACACCCCUGAACCAGCAGACAGUGUGCUGCAGGAAGGCAGUGCAUCAGGGAGAAGGAGGGAUGGCUUCCCUGAGAAGGCCAAUUCAUGGAAUUAUGUUCAUGGCUCUGCAUUUAUGAACAAAGCACGAGUGAUUUAGAUAAAGUAAACCAGAACAUCUCUAGACCAGCUUGAGUGAGGGCUUGGGCUUUGUUCCCCCAGCCUGAUUGCUGGGUCAUUCAUGGAUGGAAUGGAAACUACUGCCUUUGGGUCUCAUGCCAGAAAUGAAGCAAGUGUGUCCCCUGGUCCAUCUCUCCCAGCGAGUUUUAAACCCACUAGAUAAAAAAAGUGCAAUCCUAUUCAAGAAGUUUGCACAGACAAUGGGUUGACAUCAAUGAAUCCCCGCUGCUUUGGGGUAGGAGAUGUCAAGAAAAGGAUUCUCAAUGCUAGUGCUGCUGUUUCUGCAUUGCAGGGAUCCAGGGAGCCACAUUUCUGCAGGUGUCAGAGGGGCCCAGCCAGAAGCUCCCCAAACAGGGCCCUGGGAUGCCCAAGGCUGCAGCCAUCCCAGCUCCUCCCUGGGGACCCACUGCUGGUGCAGCCAGACACGGCCCAGGCCUCUCCCUGCCCACAGCCCCUCAGGACAGCUCUGUGCACCCUGCUGGGCUCUGGACUCCCACCACUGGUGGCUCUGGGGCAGAGAAGCAACAAGUUCCCUUCCGCAGUUUCUGCUGGGGCUGCUCCCCCUGCCAGGGCACCGCUGCCAGCCAUCACUGAGAUGUCACCUGCAACGUCCCCACAGCACAGGCACCACAGUGACAUGCCAGAACAUUCCAUUGGAACCUGCUGUCUGUUGGUGCCAGUUGGUCUUUGCCUGCCAGCUGGUGGGACACAGCCAAGCUGUCCAGGGCAAUGGCCAUGGAGCGAGAGUUCUCAUCCCUGCGCUUUCCAGAGAAGCUUUGGAAAAUGCUGGAAAGUGACCAGUUUCAGUCUGUUUGGUGGACUGAGGGUGGAAAAUGUGUGGCCAUCAACAAAGACCUCUUUGAAGUGGAGGUGCUGGGCAGGGAAGGACAGCAGGUCUUCCACACACAGAAAAUUAGAAGUUUCAUGCGACAGCUGAAUGCAUAUGGAUUCACCAAAAUGCAGCGGAAUUUCCAAAGAUCUGCCUCCCUGCCCGAAUUCCUGGCAGAGGAAGCAGCAGCUUCUGCUCACAGCCAGAUCCUCUACUACUAUAACCCCAGCUUCAACAGAGCACAUCCCUGGCUGUCAGAAACGUGCAAGAGGAGAGGUGUCCUUAAAGGAAGGGGCCUAGAUGCAGAAGCGAUGGAGGAAAGGCCCCUUUAGCUCAGAUGGUCAAGCUUCAUGGAGAGGCACAUCUGGGCUUCACACGGGCGCCCGUUAGAGCAGUCAGUGUCCAGUCCACAGUGUCUAAUUAAUAGUGCUGUUCCUAGACAGAGAUGAAAGAAACAGAGAUAGAGUUGGAAGAAAUAGAUUUGCAUUGGUAUUAAACCAGUGGAAGAAUAAACACUU